UCAGAGUACAUACCUUCUGGUUGUUCGUGAAAGGUAUUAUGAAGAUGUUGCAGAAGAUUAUUUUGCUUGUUGGAUUCCUUACUUUGACUGCCAGUGUUCCUUCUUCCACUUUCACUGGUAGACAGGUGGCUUCUGCAGCUGUUGCACGGUACAACAAGCGCUGGUCACCAGUCAACCUAUUUAAGCUGCUUCAGGUUACUUCUGCUAGACUUAAGAAUGGAGUUCAAUGGACCAUCUAUGACGUUAGCUUCCAUAUGCAGGAGACCGUCUGUAAUCAUAAUGUGACAAGCAAUGAUGCAGCUGAUUGUUCUUUCAUGGCUGGUGGGAUUAUGAAGUCAUGUACUGUAAAGGCUUUUCAAAGACCUCCCUCCACGUCCCUUAGAUUCCAGCCUGUCCGUUGCAAAGUUUUUCAGGAUAUGCCAGUAUUGGCAAGGCAAGUACAAACUUCCAGUUCCACAUUUGGAUCUUCUCCUGGAACAGUUGAUACUACAGAAAAAAGCUAAAUUCCUUUGUGAUACUUAUUUGGAAAGGGGAAGUCCCAAGGAAGAAUAUGGAAAGAGUGAUGACCCUUGAGUAAAAUAAUUUCAUCUUUGAAAAUUCUUCCAAAUUUUUCCAUAAUGCUUACUUCAAAUAAAAACUGUAUCU